CAAAGGUUCAAAAUCAAAUGUCAAUCCGCCAAAUUAGAACCAGAAAUGUGUGAAAGUAAUAUAUAAAGCUAAAGAUAAUAGACCGCUUUAUUUGGGAUUACUAUAGGAGUAUAAAUAAAUCAAAAUGACUCCUGAAGAGACCGUAGAAAAGUUAAAAUUAUUAGGAUUAAGUGAGCAAAAAGCGAAGGAGACUUUAAAAAAUGUUAACGUUACCAAGAUCUUACUUGCCGCGUUGAACGAGGUUGAUGUUCAAAAGGCACCAACCGGUGCGGGAAUGUUACUGUACCAUCUGGCGACUAAAAUAAAGCCACAAAUAACGGAAAAUUUAUCAUUUCUGUGCAAGUACGUAGCUGAUGGAAAAUUAGAUUCGACUUUACGUGUUGAUGCCGCUCUAGAGUACCUUCUUAAUACUGUAAAUGAGUCAACUGUUGAUAUUGGCAAGUUUGAAGAUGCAUGCGGUGUGGGUGUCUCAAUAACACCAGAGCAAAUUGAGCAAGCUGUUGAAAAACAUAUGGCUCAAUAUAAACAAGAAUUACUUGAUAAAAGGUACAGAUUUAAUUCAGGUAUUAUAAUGCAAGCAGUAAGAGCCGAAUUGAAAUGGGCUGAUGGUAAAGCUAUUAAAAGUGAAGUCGAAAUACAGAUUUUGGAUUUAUUGGGCCCUAAAACUGAGGCUGACUUAGCACCUGUACCAAAAACUGAUAAGAAAACAAAAGGCGGUGAAGGAGCUAAGAAAUCCAAAAAAGAGAAUCAACAAGAUAAUAAAGUAUCUGAAAAAACUGAGUCAUCAGAUUCUACUGGAGGAGCAAUAUCAAUGAUGGAUUUAAUGAAAAAACUGCCUUUCCAUGCACCUGGAGAGAAUUAUAAAUCGGAUGGUUAUGUUGUUACUCCUAACACAAAAAAGUUGCUUGAAGAACAUUUAAAAAUAACUGGUGGAAAGGUACGUACAAGAUUUCCACCAGAACCGAAUGGAAUCUUACAUAUUGGCCAUGCUAAGGCUAUAAAUAUAAACUUUGGUUAUGCUGCUGCUCAUGAUGGUGUGUGUUUCUUAAGAUAUGAUGAUACCAACCCGGAAAAAGAAGAAGAGAAAUUCUUUGUUGGCAUCAAAGAUAUGGUGGAAUGGUUAGGAUAUAAACCUUACAAAAUAACUCAUUCAUCUGACUAUUUUGAUCAGUUAUAUGAAUGGGCAGUGCAGUUGAUUAAGAAAGAUCAUGCAUAUGUGUGUCAUCAAAAAUCUGAGGAAAUUAAAGGGUUUAACCCACCCCCCUCACCAUGGAGAAAUAGACCUAUUGAAGAGAGCCUGCAGCUUUUUGAGGAUAUGAAAAAUGGUAAAAUAGAUGAAGGUGAUGCAACAUUAAGAAUGAAAAUAACCCUAGAGGAAGGAAAACAGGAUCCGGUUGCAUACAGAAUAAAGUUUAUACCUCACCACCGCACGGGCAAUAAGUGGUGCAUUUACCCCACUUAUGAUUAUACUCAUUGUCUUUGUGACAGCAUUGAACAUAUAACUCAUUCACUCUGCACUAAGGAGUUCCAGUCUAGAAGGUCGUCUUAUUACUGGUUGUGUAAUGCUCUGGAUAUAUACUGCCCCGUGCAGUGGGAAUAUGGUAGACUUAAUGUCAACUACACCGUGGUAUCAAAAAGGAAGAUAGCCAAGCUUAUUGAUGAAGGAGUUGUUAAUGAUUGGGAUGACCCAAGGUUAUACACUCUGACGGCGCUGCGUCGUCGCGGCGUGCCCGCUGCGGCUGUGAACUCGUUCUGUGCGGGGUUGGGAGUGACGGGCGCGGUCGGAGCUGUCGAUCCCGUCAUGUUGGAUGCUGCUGUCAGAGAUGUCCUUAAUGUUACUGCACCUAGAACGAUGGUUGUACUAGAACCUUUGAAAAUCACAAUAACGAAUUAUACUGAGACUGGACCAAUAGUGUACACAGUCCCAGACUUCCCAACGGAGCCGGAGAGAGGAUCUCACAAAGUGGUGUUCAAUAAAGUUCUAUAUAUAGAGAACUCUGACUUCAAGGAGGAACCUGAAAAGGGCUACAGGCGACUGACGCCCACACAGUGUGUAGGCUUGAGACACUCAGAAUUUGUUAUUAAGGUAUCCAAAGUUAUAAAAGAUGGAAGUGGUAAAGUUACCGAGGUGGAAUGUGAGGCAGAAAAUGUAACAUCUGCGGAGAAACCAAAAGCUUUCAUACAUUGGGUAGCAGAUCCUGUAGCAAUUGAAGCGAGACUUUAUGAACCUUUAUUUAAACAUAAAAAUCCUGAAGACGCGAACGAAGUGCCGGCUGGUUUUCUAUCAGAUUGCCGCGAAGAUACUUUGAAAUUGGUGACCGCGUUUGCUGACCAGUCUCUCACCAGCGCUAAGAUGUAUGACAAGUUUCAGUUUGAAAGGAUCGGCUUUUUUUCUGUCGAUCCUGACACCACCAAGGAUAAGAUGGUUUUCAACAGAACUGUAUCACUUAAAGAAGAUACUGGAAAAUAAAAGAAUAUUUAGUUACCAUUUUUUAAAUUGUUUGUACACAU